GCUUAUACUGCUAGCGAUUCCCCUUUUUGUGCCGGUAUAACAGACGCGUGUAGGCAGACAACAUGAAACAGAAUCUGACCCCUGUACAGAUACAAACAUGAGAGCGAGGAGCUGGAUUGCCCUUCUCUUCCUUUGCAUGGGGUGCUCUACAUCCCCAAUGCAGGAGGCCAAAGUGACUGGCAAAUCCAGCACUGCUGUGAAAGGGUCCCAACCAGCACACAUCAAUGCUGCAGUCGGGGGCUCAUUCACCCUGAGCUGUUCCUUCACCUACACCGCACACAAACAUGACGGCAUGUUCGGAAAGUUCUACACUCAAAAUGGCCAACCAACGACAAAGAUUGACCCUGAUGUCAAAUGCAGUCCACGUAUUUCAAAAGACGCCCUUCUGCAUUGUGACUUAUCUUCAACCAUUACCAACGCCCGCCUGGAGAAUGAGGCCGUUUACGUCUGUGAAGUUGUUAUACCGAGCGCGGAAGGCACCAUUACGGUGACGGGCACGGGGACAGCCGUCACCCUUUACUCUGAGGUCGGCUCCAUAGGAAUCCUGCCGCCGCCACGGCUGGUAUCAGGAAGCGAGUCAGAGCUGACCUGCCGAGCGACCGGGUUCUACCCUCGGAACGUUACGGUGCGGUGGUUCUGUGGCGAGACGCCGGCGCCCCCCGGCGACGUCGCGGACGUUAUCACCGCGGCCCGCGACGGAACGUUCUCCCUGAGCAGCAGGUACAGGUUCCGAGCCCACGCCCUGGACCACGGGGUACGGUGCCACUGCCUGGUCUCUCACCCAACCUGGACCGGGGCGGGGAACGCCAGCCUCACGCUGGACGUCAGCUACGGUCCCAGCUGUGUGAACGUGACCUCUCGCUCCGACCCGGUAACACAGGGUGUGUUGCACCUGCCAGAGGGGUCGCCUCUAAACAUCUCCUGCUCGGCAGAUGGGAACCCCAGGCCUGAGACGCUGUGGCUGGGGGGGAGUAUAAACUUGCGACACGCCGGAGGGACUCUGCAGCUGGGUGCAGUGCAGGAGGAAGAUGGGGGAAAGUACUGGUGCGUGGCGAGCAACCUGUAUGGAGAGAAGAAUGCCAGCAUUACUCUUCUGGUUUAUCAGAGCAAGUUCUCCCACAGAGUGGCAUUACUUUGUGUCGUGGGAACAGUUUUGAUGACCUUGGUUUUUGUCAUUGUCUGCAUUCUCACAAAGACAAUGAACAGAAGUCAGGCACAGACACUCUCAGAUUGCAGUUCUGAAGGUGCAUUUCCUCACCAGAGCGAGGGUGCAUCGCCCGACAAGCUCUACUCUGUGCUAGAGAUCAGCGGUAAGAGAGCGCAGCAGCAGAAACCUGCUCCCCAGGAUGUCGACGAAUCACAGCUCAUCUACACUGAGAUCAAAUUCCCUCUCGCGACCCACAAUCCAAAUGUGACGGAAGCUCCGGGAUCUACUGUUGAAGUCACAGAAUCGCCCAUUUACAGUACGGUGAUGUUGAAGAACGCAGGAGGUCACCGCAGCGCCGCACGAAAUGGCCAACAGAAACGGUAGCGCGGUGGCUACGGCCUAGCCAGACGUCCUAGCCAGACCUGACAAUGACUGUUUGCAAAGGAACCUUUUCUUUAAAAGCAUCAUUUCCUAUGAUUGUACACUUUGAUUAGUUUCAUGUUUCCCUGACAAUUAUCAGGGCUCUAUUUGGAUUCUAUUCAAGCUGUACUGUCAGGCAAAGAGUUCAGUUAUUUCUAGUCUGUUUUUGAUCUAGGCCUGUGGUCUUAACAGGGUUGCUAAAACCUGUAGGCCAAACACAAAAUCAGCUUUUUCUGAAGUUUCAGCACCAAACAACAUAACCUCCUGGGGGCGCAUCGCAUGAAAAUCUAACAAGGCCUGGACCUGAAAUCAAUCAACAACUGUCCUCAAUAACUUAACUCACAAUUAUAUCAAAUGCUUACGUUUACAUUUUUAACUUCAGCGCCUUCAGUUUGUUCAUUAGAGAAAAUCAACAAAACCCAACUCUCCCGGUUGAGUUUCCCCGGCAAAUAACUUAUCGCUCUGAUUUUUACGUGCAGGUCCGACUCGAGUGUUGAUUGAAUUCAUAUUCCGUUCCAGACUGUCAUUGGUCCACAUGUGCACAAAGAUGACUGUCUCUUCAUAGCUGGCUUCAUCUUAAUCUAUCCAUGUGAUUGCCCACAGAGACAAGCUGUCUGUACAAUUUCUGAUACCCUCUUACCUCUGUUGCGAAUCAGCAGCUCAUUAACAGUUCUUUUUGUUUUUCCUUUCAGUUUUCUACGCUGCGUUGCAGCUUGUCUUGUGUUUAUCAUUUAAGUGGUUGUGGUUAGGGGAGCAAAAUAAAGAGCACUUUACUUA